AUGAACAUCUCCGGAUCUUCUGUGUCUCCCUUCGUGCAGUCCGGGCAUCAGAUCAGCGGCGAUCAUUAUGGCGGAGAUCUUGCGACACGAACCACUGAACGACACAUGACUAGCCAUCCAGAGCCUGCCGCAGCAGGUUCCAACAUCAACCGGCCUCGGUCCACUUCGAAUGCUUCGACUUCGUUCCCUUCUUCGCACGACGCCUUCGGACUCUCUGCUAGUCCAUCUGCCACAUCCAGCAUGACCAAGGUAUAUACACCCGGAAAUCCGAACAACACACGACAAUCCAGUCCAUGGUCCUUUUCUGGCUCGAAUGGUUAUGGCCUGUAUGGCUUGGGUAGCAACGCUGCCAUGACGCCUGACACCUCGGCGAAUAGUUCCUCUGGAAAUCAAUUCGCCCACGGUGUCCUUCCGACGUCGACUCUUCUUGGGGACCCUCAGUUUCGUAUGAACCGGCCGUCUGGACUGAGUCAGGCCUGGGCAGGUGAUGACAUGGAGUCUGAAGAUGUCUCGACCGGCACAGGCAGGACUCUGCCGAGUGGAUUGGACUCAGCCAAUACGGACGUCGAGCAGUGGCGCAGUAAUCUCGACCUGCCACCUCAUUUGCGUCGAAGCCAGUCAUCGUUUGCCUCAAUACCUGAUCCCAAAUCUCCUCAACUUGACAAUCCAGGCGGUUACAAUGUUGGGCUCAGUGCUCCCUCCUCGUCCUCACGAUUCUCGAUGGCACUACGCCGGGUCUCGAGUGAGCACUCGGCGGUCCGAGACUCAUCGGAUAUAACGGGAGCGUAUCGGGCACAGGGUCAGGACGGCUUCAGUCCUGGGAGCAUGACUCAAGAUACCCAGGCUGGACAUAACAAUCUCGACCGAAUAGCACGAACGCCACCAAAGAGCUUUGGAUAUUCAUUCGGAGGCAAAAGGUUGUCUGGCCAUCGCGACAGCGGCGAUGGCAUGGAAGCCGGUGGGGGUAGCGAUGAGGGUAAUACCGGCCGGGAGCGUAGUAUGAGCGGCGGAUACCUUAACGGUGGACGGAGGAGAAGCAGUAUGAUGGAUGCUGCUCAGCCGAGAUUGCUUCCUGCAAAUCUACGUAAAACUUUGGCUGCAGAAGCCAACUUGCCUAUGCAAGAGAUUCGCUCGGAAGCCUUGCUCCAGAGGUUGAUUCUGUCCAAUUCGGAGUCGCUACCAAUGACACCGAGGCCAUCUCGUCGGGGCAGACUUUUAAACAGUCUGCCAGAAGCAGAAUCAGACGACAGUAAUGACGAGCAGGAAGAUGACAACAGCAGCGACGAGGGACCUUUUGCCGUAGAUGAUUUGGUCACUGGAGAAGAUAUGGCGACAGGAGGGAUGGACGUAGAAAUGUCGGCACAUCACUCGUCGCCCUUCGCCUUCGCCCCCGCUAAUGGUAUGCGGGCUUCGAGGCAUUAUGGGGCGUCUGGGCGAAGCGCUCAAAGUCGUACAAGCCAAACCGCUACUUGUGUCGGAGUCGGCGAUUUUGGACAUACCCCAGGGAUGUUGGCGGAUGACCGCCACGAUAUGAGAGCUAGUCAAGGCAGUGCUAGGGGGAGUGACGCCAGCGGCAGUGGCAUGGAUGUAGCCAGCGGUUCCAAGAGCAACGCAACAGCUUGGCGGGAAAGCCCGGCCGCUAGUGGUAGGACGAACAAAAGAAAAGCUGCAUUUGACGAUGCUCGUUUCGAGCCGUACAACAAGCGGUAUCGACCUGGCGACCAAUCGCCAUCGCAUUGGACAGGAACCUUGCCCCCCGGUCCUACUCCAAUGUCGCCUACAGGGCAUCACGUCUAUUCGGAUCCAAUGGACUUCACACCCCAUGCCACGAGUCGCUCAAUCAGUUUCGCUAGAUCUCGAGGAGGCUCGCCCGCUGCAACUAGCCAGAUACAAGCGAUGCGGACGGUGUCUCCCGUCACAUCUUCGCCCUUGGCGAGCAUGGCUGCCGCCGGCACGAACGGAGGUCCGAUCGGUAUGCCGCCUGGCAUGGCCAUGGGCUAUCGGCCGACGAUCGGGAUGGGCGGCUUGGGAAUGUUGUUGAUGAGCAAACGGAACGGCCAAGGCGUCGGAACGGGACUGAUGGGUAACGAUGGCGAGACCGCCGUGGCGGAGGGGAUUGGUGGGAUGGACGUGCGGAGCCGAGAUCAAGACGGGGAAGAAGAAGAUGAAAUGGUGUUCGACUGA